AUGCUACCUCGCUCUGGUGAUGUCCGUCAUUUGAAGGACGAAAGAUUAGCACCUUUUCACCGGAAUCGAAGGAGAUUGCCUCGGAAACAGCAUCAGCAUGAAUGCUCAAGUAAAGCCAAUCGCCGUCGUCUUCUGGUGGAACCGACCUUCGAAUCUCUUCACGCAACAAUUCCACUCGAAAUGGAAGUAAGCUCAACAAUAGUCCUUGGCUCCUCAGUUCCUGGUCCCGAUGUUUGUGUGGUGGUGUCUAUGUUUGAGAGACCUGUGUGUCCAUACAGAAGAACACACAACAGCCUGCACGGUUAUGUGGGUGCACACAUCGGAAUUGGCCGAACACAUGCCUGGCACAGGACACCAGAUAGAUUAGCUGGACAUGUGGACUGUACCAACCGGUAA